CCCAUCUUCCCUACCCAGCGGUCUCUUGAAAUCUGUCCACCAUGCCCCGUCUACAGAUAUGGCGUACGCACCGGCUUCCGCAAACUCCAAGCCCAAUCGUCCUCCCCUAACAUUCCCCCUCUUCCCCCUUCUCCCGCCCGAACUGCGUAUCCGCAUCUGGUCCCUCGCCGCACCGCACAAGCGCGUGCUGGAGAUCCGCUCCUGGGGCGCCGGCCACUACGGCCCCAUCAAGUUCACCACGCACCCGCACUACCUGCCGGUCAUUUUCCGGGUCUGCAAAGAGUCGCGGAUGGAGGCGUUACGGCUGUACAAACGCAUCGAGAUCGGCGUCAGUGCUGCGGUGCGGGUCCCGGGCCGCAGAUACGUGCCGUGGAAUGAGCAUCCCGCGAAUCCGAAUGCGGCUCGCAGCAGGUGGAGGGGAUGGACCGCUCCGCUCCCCUCUGCGGCGCCGCAUGAGCCGACGAGCGUGUAUGUAUCGUGGGAGAAUGAUAUCGUGUACUUGGGGCCGGAGUUCAAAGCGCAGCAUCUGCGGUUGUUCCUUGCGACGAAGGGGGAGGGGAAGGAGUUGGAAGGGCUGCGAUAUCUGGCCUUCGAUCGGAAGCUAUGGAUAGGCGACGCGGAUGGGCGGUGGGAUGGCCUCUGGAACAGUUUGUGGAGUUUGAGAGAGAGGGAGCAUUUGAGGGAGGUCAUCGUGGUGCCGGAUGAUGAAGAGAGGUGUCUGGCUGAUAGGUGGUAUUAUGGGAAGCAUGAGAUCACAAUGGAAGAGCCGGAGCCGGAGGGUCAUGAUGGUCCGCUUGGAGGGCAGAAGCUGGCUACGUUCGUGGAUACUUUGGACGAGUGGUUUGAGAGGUUGUGGAAGGGAGAAAUAAGUGGAGAGGAAGAUCAAGAGGAAGAAGUAGACGGCAAGGGAGAUGAGAGAGACAAAGAGAUGGGCACAGAGAGACCAAGAAGACCCAAGGUGAGAGUGAUGAGCGUGCGGAGGAAUGGACAAAAGAUGAGGGAGUAUACGGAUGGGAUCUCAGAUAUCCAGAAGGCGAUGGGAGAUAUGAGGCUUUGGAAAACCUGGACUCCGCCGGUGAGAUCUUAACCCCUGGCCAAUGACUGACCGGGCUAUACGUUGUGAAGCUUUCUGCUGUGGACAGCUAUGUACGUGUCUCCUUUGUGUUGGAAUAUGACUGCUCUCGUGUUUUUUUCUUCAAUUGUCCUUCUGUGCCCCCGAGUCAAAGGUCCAUUUGUGUUAUGAUAGAAUAACAACGUUGAUCACAAUUCAGCUCGCU